GAUGAGCAUCGUUCUUCAAACUUCAAUCUAGCAACAAUGUCUUUACAACAGCGUGUACGCAGCCGGCAAGCUCACGCCCCUGGUCCAACAUUUCUCUCAUACACCCCGAACGGAAAGAAGCUAAUCACGGUCGGCGUGGACAAUUACUAUCGCAUAUACAGCACCGGCUCGGACGACGAGCCUGUGACUUUAGAUGAUUGCCAGGAGAAUAACACUGCAAUCGUUGCAAACAAUGAAUUCUUCUUCGUCGGCUCUGAAGACGGCACAGUAUGCAAAUACUCUAUACAAGACAAGAAAUUGGAGGAAAUUCUUGUCCGCACCUCCUUACCGGUGCGAGACAUUGCUCUAAGUCCGGAUGGCAACUGGAUUGCCGUUGCAAGCGAUGAAAUCGUCGUAAAGGUCGUAAACACCAAAGAUAUGACACAAGUACAGCAUCUUCGAGACCAAAGCCGGGCAGUCAAGCAUGUUUCGUUCGACAACAGCGGGUCUCGAUUGGCCGUUUCUUGCACGGACGGCAAUAUAUACAUGUACUCUCUGAGUUCAGAAACACCAAAUCUGAUCAAGAAAGUAGACGGUAUGAUAAAGAGCUUGGAAUCGGAUGCAGUUGCAAGCUCAAAAGCAAUAUGGCACCCGGACGGACGAGCAUUCGCAACACCCACCGCCACGCGCGAAAUGCAGGUAAUGUCCUUCAGCGACUGGGCAAGGCAACGUGCCUUCAAGACUGCCCAUUCGGCGGACAUCACUGCGGCUGCGUGGUCACCGAAUGGUGCUCUCCUUGCCACUACCUCGAGUGAUCUCACACUCAAAAUCUGGGACACCAAAACGCAAAAGAUGAUCAAGAACUACGACGAUCUCAAGGCCACAACUUUGGCCAUGGCGUGGCAUCCUACAGAAAACGUUCUUUCGUAUACGAAUGACGACGGAGAGGUCUAUUUCCAUACCGAAGUCAUUCCCACUGAGCAUGUCCCACUGCUUGAGAAAUCAGUGCAGCCAGCACCUUUCUUCCACGACCCGUCGGAAGGACAGUUGCGAGAUGCAGAUAAUGUUACGAACGGAACAAAGAAUGUUCUCCCAGAACGUCAAGCUAGGAGAGCAGGCACCCCUGAUUCCCUCGAUGACAUCCUGGGAUCAGAUGCAAUCUCGGAGGACGGCAUGGAUGAUUUCGUGGUAGAUGAUGAUGGGGCGGGCUAUGUACAUGUGAUCAAUGUCCACGGAAAGCGAACAAAUGAUCACCUAGGAGGCUUGAAUUCGCUGGGUGGAAAACGGCGAGCACACAAUACUUCGUCAUUUCGUCCUAGGAUACACGAAUCUUUCCAGCCUGGCAGCACACCAUGGCGCGGCAACAGGAGGUAUCUCUGCCUCAACCUCACCGGGUUCGUUUGGACCGUCUCCCAAGAAUCGUCUCAUCACACCGUCACUGUUGAAUUCAACGAUCGCGAGUUCCACCGUGACUUCCAUUUCACCGAUCCCUUCCUCUACGACAAAGCCUGCUUGAACGACACUGGCACACUGUUCUCAUGCCAGCCAAAUCUAGGCCAACCUGCCAUGAUCUACUACCGACCGCACGAGACGUGGACGACAAGAGCAGACUGGCGCACCAACCUCCCCGCCGGAGAAUCCGUCACUGCAAUUGCUCUCAGCGACUCCUACGUCGUCGUGACAACGAGCGCAAACUACGUCCGCAUCUACACCCUCUACGGCAUCCCCUUCCGCGUCUACCGCCAGAAGGCCUCCCCCGCCGUGAGCUGCGCCGCCUGGCGAGACUACGUCCUGACCAUCGGCAACGGCCCCGUCUCUGGCGACGGUUCCUGCCAACUCCUCUACACGAUCGAGAACGUCAAACGGGACGAAGUCUACCAAUCCGAAGACAUCGUCGCCCUGACCCCGGACUCCACCCUCUCCUGCGUCUUCUUCUCCGACGAAGGCGACCCCUACAUCUACGACUCCACGGGCGUGCUCCUCACCCUCCUCCACUGGCGCACAACUGGCCAGGCGCGCUGGGUACCCAUGCUCGACACGAAUCUCCUCUCCCGCCUCUCCACAGGCGCGAAGCAGGAAUCCUACUGGCCCGUCGCAGUCGCGAACCGCAAGUUCCACUGCAUCAUCCUAAAGGGCCAGGACAAGCACCCCUACUUCCCCCGCUCCAUCCUCUCCGAAUUCGACUUUCAGAUCCCGCUCACGUCUGCGUCCGACAAGAAAGACAGGGACGCAGACGCGAUGGACGAAGAUGACGACGAGGAUUCGGGCAAGAAGGGCUCGUCUGAACAGUCGAAGCACGAACAGGCGCUCAUCAUGGCGAAUACGCUGCACUCGCAGCUCUCGGACACGCUCGCCAACACGAGACCCUCGUCUCACCAGAAACAAGGUCUCGUGGAGCUUGAGGUCCAGGUCGAUAGGACGCUGUUGCAAUUGCUCGGUCUGGAGUGUCUGGCCGGCGAGGAUAGGGGCAUGAAGGCGCUGGAGAUUGUGACGUUGAUGAGGGAUGCGAAUGGUAAGAUGUUGGAUCUCGCGGGCAAGGUGGCUAUGAGGUAUGGGAGGGACGUGUUGGCGGAGAAGAUUAGAGAGUUGGCGGAGCAAAGACUGGUUGGAUUGGAGGAGGAGGAUUAGCUUCUUCGUGGCGUGUAAUAGGUAGAACGUUUUCAAUAUAGAUUUUGAGAUUCUGAAUCGUUUAUACACUCUUCUGUCACGUAGUAUAAACACUGCAAG